AUAAUGGCGUAUCGUGUCAUAUAAAUAAAAAGAUUCUCAUUUAUCGGAUUAAAAUAUUUUAUAUGUAUAUGAUAUUCUGAAACAAAUACUGAAUGAUUGAAUAUAUAUUUUUAAUUGAACCAGGUGAAGUGUAUAAAGAGAUUUGAAAAUGUCUAAAAAAAGUGUCGAAGGUACGUUUCAAUCCAAAAUUAGCAGAAAUGAUCGUUUUGUACAAAUGUCUUAUCAAGAAAAGUUGAUAGAACAGAAGAAAAAGGAAAUCCAAGCAAAACUGGAAGCUAAGGACAAAAAUGCCAAUGUAGAAAAUAAGACAAAAAGUGAUACUUCUGGUAAACAGUGUGCCAAAAGUUCUGAUUCCAAUCCUGCUAGCAUUAGUGACAUAAAGAACCUAUUUAGCAAUGAUGGUUCAUUUCUUAAUCAAUUCAGACAAAUGAAAGAAGCCAAAAAAGUAGAUUCAAAAUUCAAAUCAUUCAAUAAAUCCAAAGGACGUCACGACAAAAUGUCAAAUGAUGAAAGAAGUAAGUCAGAUAGAUGGACCUCACGUCGAAGAUCACCUUCACCAAAAGAUCGACAGCAAAAAAGGUUGUCUCGUUUUGAUAAAGGCUCGAAUUUCGAACCCAAAAUAACUAUAAAUACGUCUUUUAGUUCGUCUUUAGUCCAACCACCUCCUUUAGAACCGCAAAUAAAUUUUGAAAUUCCCUCUCUAAGUAUUAGCACGCAAGAUGUUACAGGUCAACCUUUGUUGAAAAAUGUUUUACCCAAACAAACUGUUAGCUAUCAAAACAUACCUGAUCAGACAGCAGUAAAUGAAACUGUCAUAUCUGCUUCACCUGUCUUACUAAAUGUACCUCCCCCCCCACAAUUGGUUCAGUCAAAUACUUUGAUUUUAAAUCCCACUGUACCUACACAGAAUAUGUUAGCGACCACUCCUAUUUUGGCAACAGUUAAUUUGCCACCACCGUUGGUAGCUACAAAUAUUACACCAGUGCCCCCUCCCUGUUUACCUACGAUUGAGUUGGCUAAUAUUCCACCACCUAAUCCAAUUCAGAUUCAAAAUAUACCCCAACCAGAGCCUUUAAAUGCUAUGAAUAUACCACAACCUGCUCCUAUCCAGGUUCAGAAUAUUCCUACUCCUACUUCCCUGCAGUUAAAUAAAAUACCAACCCCCAAACCAUUAGAUUUACUUUCAAUUCCAACUCCAGGCGAUGAAAGUAUUUCUAAUCCAGAUUUUAUUAGGAAUAUACCGCCUCCUAACAAGUCUGUACCUCCCCCUUUGCUACAAGAAAAUCAAAUGAUUCUACCACAUUCACAAACUAUCACUGCUACUAUAACAAUGCCAUCUACCCAAAAUGUAUUGAUUCACAACAUUUCCCCUCCUAAUUCUCUAGAAACAGUCCAACCUACGUUUUCUUCUGUGACCGUGGCUCUGCCUGUAGUGGUAGGACAAGUUUCUACUGCUACCGCUAUUUCCAACACAAUACCUUCUCUUAUGGCUCGGCCAAUAUUACCACCUCCUGGUAUGGUUAAUGUCAACGUUAGUUGCCCGCCGCCAUUACUGCCAAUGCAUAGUGGAAAUCAAAUUACUACUUUUGUAAACCAGCCACCACCUAUUAGUCAGAUUGGACGAAUUCAUUUGCCGCCUCCUGGUGGAGUGCACAUUUUAGGAGCUUUAACUGGUUUUAAAGAGGAAAAUGUGACAGUUUUCCCCACAGGUACACCAGAGUACGAGGCGAUGACGUCUCUGGGUCGCAUGGUGGCAGAAUGCGGAGAUACUUUCGAGGACGUCGUUCGACAGCGAAAAGAACAAGAUCCGAGAUUGUGGUUCCUAUUUGAUAAAGAAUCUACAGCUUACAAGGAAUACCGGCAAUGUGUAAAAAACAUCAAGAACGAAAUUAGAGGUGCCAAAGAAACCAUAAUCAAAGCAGAGGAUAUCUACGAACCUGAAAUGGCUUUGGAAGAGUGUGAAUUUAAAGAGGAUCAUAAUAUUAAGAACGAAUAUCAGAAUAAGAAUGAAUAUCAGAUUAAGAAUGACUAUCAGAACGAAGAGAGUUUUGAUAAAAAACGAAAAAGAAGAAGCCGAUGGGGAAAUCAGGAAACUGCAGUUGCCCCACCUGUCGUAAUGUUUGCUCCACCUAUAAUAAAUACAACAGUGUUAUCUCUUCCUCCCCCUCAGCCACAAAACCAAGGUCCUUUGUUAUUAACCAAAAUAACGCGUGCAGACCCAGGCUUAAUCCAAUAUGCUAUGGAUCACUAUGGCACUACAAAUUUAUCAGAAGAAGAUUGGAAAAAGACAGAAGAUAACUAUAAAGUCAGUUUGCUAUACCAGGCAAUGGUAAAAAAACGAGAAGAAGUAGAAAGAUUGAAAAUGGCAGGAAAGAACAAAUAUGAAUACGAUUCAGAUGAAGAGAUAGACGGUGGUACGUGGGAGCAUAAAGCAAGAGAAAAGGAAAUGGUAGAAACGCAAAUAUGGGCUCAAGAGCUUACACAACAAGCAGAAGGUAAACAUCACAUUGGCGAUUUUUUGCCUCCUGAGGAAUUAAAGAAAUUUAUGGAAAAAGCAACUGCAAUAAAAGAAGGAAGGUUACCUAGUCAUUCGGACUAUAAAGAAUUUGAGAUCAAAGAGGAUAAUAUUGGUUUUAAGAUGCUGCAAAAACUUGGUUGGUCUGAAGGCGAAGGGCUAGGAACAAGCGGGUCAGGAAUCGUUGAGCCCGUCAAUAAGGGCGCACCCAGGGAACAUACACAGGGCUUAGGUUUAAAUGAUUCCCAAGAAGAUGAAGAUGAGUAUCAGUCAUAUAGGAAGAGAAUGAUGUUGGCUUAUAGAUUUAGGCCAAAUCCCUUGAAUAAUCCAAGGAGGCCAUAUUAUUAAAUGUUUUCUCUUUAAUGGAUAAAUAAGAUAGAAUAUAUAUUAUAUAAUAAGUUUUAUGUAAUAUAUUGUAUAUAGUGUUGUAUUAUUAAUUGGUUGAUUACUUUUUGUAAAAAAGUACCAAAUAUAUUUUAGAAAGUUU